AUGCAUCUCUGGUCUGUCUUAGGGCUAGCAGGCCUGUCGGUAGCCUCCGCGAUUUCCAGCGCUGCCGUUCCGGCCACCACGACAACUACCGUUGCUACGACUACUUCGGCUGUGAAUACUGUGAAAACGGGCUCUACCUCGACGUCUUCAACCUCCACGACCGCCGUCACUGUUGCAACAGAUAGUAAUGGUCAGUUCACCGCGAUUGGUGACGCCAUAGCCUAUGCACAAACCCAUGCUAUCUCGACGGUGACAGUCCUUGCGGGUACAUAUACCCAAGCUGUGACUGUAUCUGCGACUCCAACCGUGACUGUUAUUGGCCAGAGCGAUGUGACCGACGACUACAACCAGAACAAGGUCACUAUCACCAAUAGUGGUACUGUUGUGACCAUCAACAACAAUGUUAAGCAAGUGAGCUUCAAGAACUUGAACUUCGUCAACACUGCAUCUGCCUCUGGUGUCAUGACGUUGAAGGGAAACAAGUACGCCUUCUACGACUGCCAGAUUGUUUCAACCGGAACACUAGGAAUCACCGCCAGUGUUGGUCUUGGAAUGAUCGCCAAUUCCUACCUCGAGGCUGUGGAUAAGGUCAUCUAUGGUGGUGCGAAUAUUUAUGUGUACAACACUGAAAUCGUGCCUGUGGCCAGCUCCGCGCUUCUUGCGUACAUGAAGGGCACCACCCAAACCACCACUUCAACGCUGUACAACUCCACUGUUGUGUUUGAUCAUGUCACAGUCGCCGCCAAAUCUGGAUCGUCGAUCAGCAAUGUCGCGUUGGCCUCUGCUAACGGGGCUGGAAUGGUUGUACUUUAUCGCAACUCGGCUCUCGGUAGCUUGAUCGCAGCGACCGGCGCCCACGUCGACACCACCACUCAGGAUGGGUUUAAUCUGAUUACAGAGUACGCCAAUACUGGAUUGGGCAGCUACUCAAGCAACGCUGUGAAUCGGGCAAAGUAUGUUUCGAUUCUCGACGCGUCGUCGUUGUCACAGUACAGCGUUGGUUCCGUGUUUGCCGCCGCCUACCCCAGCUAUGCUUCCGCUGGUGCCACUUGGGUUGACUCCGCGGUUUUGGCUGCCAUCGACAGCGCGGAUGUGAUCAAUACCUCCACGUCCACCUCAUCCGUCGCUUCUGCCACCUCUCUCGCGUCUUCAACCACUUCUGCACAGACAGUCAUCGCCACCGCAACUAUUGCAGCCACCGCAACCUCUACGUUAGUCGUGAACCCAACUGCCGGCCCCUACAAGAAUGUCACCGCUGCGAUCGCUGCUCUCCCCAGUGAUGGCAAUGAGUACACUAUUUAUGUUAUGGCUGGAACCUACAACGAACAGAUCUCGGUCACCCGCAAAGGUAAAACCAUUCUUCGCGGUGAAACCGCCUUUGAGAACGAUUACACUCAGAACAAAGUCACUAUCUCUUACUCCAAUGGUGUUUUAACCAGUGCCAACAAGAAUGAAGAUACGCCGGUGGUCAAUGCGAAGAACACCGAUGGCAAAGGUCUAGCCAUCUACAACAUCAACUUCCAAAACACCUUCCCUCAGACUACAAACACCGCCGCCCUCGCUGCCGACUUCUAUGGUACCGUGCAGUCGUACGGCUGUUCCUACAUUGGCUACCAAGACACCCUCCUUGCGAACAAAGGCACCCAGGUCUUCUCAAACUGCUACAUCGAGGGCUCUAUCGACUUCAUUUGGGGUUUCUCGACAGCAUACUUCUACCAGUCAGUCAUAGCAACUAACACUGGUGGCUCUUGUAUCGCCGCAAUGAGCCGUUCCUCCUCUACUGCAACUGGAGGGUAUGUGUUUGACAGCUGUCUUGUCACAUACACCUCCAGCUACGGCAGCACAUAUCAGAACACUUGGCUCGGCAGACCCUACUCCUCAUAUAGCCGCGUUGUCUACAUGAACUCAUAUCUCGAUAAGCACAUCAACCCUGCAGGCUGGCAUGUGUGGUCUACCAGCUCCCCUCAAACUGACAAUGUGAUAUUUGGGGAGUUCAAUAACAGCGGCCCAGGAAGCUGGUCCAGCAGCCGUGCAUCAUUUGCUACAAAUCUCACCGAGGCCCAGGCAGAAACCUACCAGCUGUCAAACUGGGUAGGGGGAACUGCUUGGCUCGAUAUGGAUGCGUAUGCCUACGUCCCGUCCUAUGACGUUACUGGUGGUGCGAAAACCACUGCCACUGCCACCACUUCGACAACUUCCACAGUAGCGACAGCUGCAUCGACUGCCUCUGCAGUUUGGGCGCACCCUAGCAGUGGUACUAAUCCCCCAGCUGGUGCUGUGCUGGUCAGUGUUUCUGGGUCUGUCAAUGGAUCUUAUGGCAAUCUCACCGAUGCCCUUGCCUCUCUCCCAGAUGAUACAACCACACAGAUUAUCUUCAUGUAUGCCGGAACAUACGAAGAGCAAGUCCCCAGCAUCAACCGGAAUGGUCCAGUGAUGAUCAUUGGCUACACUUCUGGCAACCCCGGCCAGAGUUAUACCGACAAUGAAGUCACAAUCACUUUUGCGCGUGGACUUUCAGUCUCACCCCUCCCCACAGGUCAUUCCGACGCUGAGACAGCAACUGUUGCUACCGCGUCAACCAAGAUUGCCUUCUACAAUGUCAACAUAAUCAACUCGGAUAACCUUGAUGGCUCGGAGUCGUCUUAUGUCACUCUUGCUGCGUCCAUCUAUGGUAAUCACGUUGCAUUCUAUGGCGUUUAUCUCCAGGGAUGGCAAGAUACUCUUCUGACAGGCGCCAAGACUGGAUACCAAUAUUAUGAGUCUUCUUACAUCGAGGGCGCGAUUGACUUUAUCUGGGGAUACUCGAAGGCUUACUUCAAGGGCUGCACCAUCGGCGCCAAGAAGGCAAAGUCUGCAAUCACAGCACAAAGCCGAGCCUCGGCCAGCGCUAUCGGUGGUUACGUGUUCGACCAAACACUCUUCACUGCAGCCGCCGAUGCUACUGUGGAUCUCACGCAGACGGUCUAUCUUGGUCGUCCCUACUCCCAGUAUGCUUCUGUUGUGGUCAAGAACUCGUACCUCGCAGAUGUGAUCAAUCCAUCCGGAUGGAAGGUGUGGUCAGCAAGCGACCCACGAACUUCUGGGGUCACCUUCGCUGAAUUCAACAAUACGGGCCCAGGUAAUUGGGAAAACAAUGCGGCUGCUCGUGAGGCGUUUGGAUACGCUACGCUACUAACGGAGGAUACUUACUCCCUAGCCAGCGUUAUGGAUUCUACUGACUGGAUUGAUAUGACCUACUGGGACUCUAUCAGCACUCCAAGUUCUGUUUUCAAGGCUGUCACCACAACAGCUACUGCAACCUCGGCGGCAGUUGCCACACCAAGCGCCACAGCAGCGUAUGAUGGAACCACUCCUCCCUCCGGUGCAUACAUUGUAUCAAAGACAGAUCUUGGAACCAACGGGACUGUCUACGAUACCAUCCAAAGCGCCCUCAAUGCAAUUCCAACUUCCUCAAAGAUCACACCCACCAUUUUCAUCUACCCCGGUACAUAUGAGGAGCAGCUUGUUGUCAGCAAGUCUGGCUCUGUUGUUUUCGUGGGCUACUCUGAGUCCACCUACGACUAUUCCCAGAACCAGGUCACCAUCCAGUACAACCAUGGCAUUGACACCGGUGCAGACCAGUCCAAUUCUGACGGUGCCACCGUUUAUGCCACCGGGAAUUACUUCCAAGCCAUGAACAUCAAUUUUGUCAACAACAACGGUACUCAGAAAGACAUUGCUACUCUCGGAUUUGCCGUCAGGUCAAGCAAAUACGCCAGCCUCUACGGAUGUCAGGUGAAAGGAAACCAAGACGCUCUUUUGAUUAACGGCAACCUUUUCAUGAGCAACGGAUAUGUCGAGGGUAACAUUGACAUGAUCUGGGGUAGUGGCUCCGGUUACUUCUUGAAUACAACCAUCUCACCAAACGAGGAUGGAAUCAAUCUUACUGCAGACAAGCGAGCUACAAGCUCUACCGCUGGAGGAUUUGUGUUUGACCAGUGCAUAAUCAUCCCGUCCACCGGUGCCGGGUCUAUGUUCGAAAUUUCACUCGGCAGGCCAUGGAGCCAGUAUGCACGGGUUGCAUACAUUGACAGUUACCUUGGCUCCUGCGUUGAAGCUGCUGGCUGGGAGCAAUGGUCUACUUCUAGUCCGCAGACCUCCGGCGUGACAUUUGCCGAAUACGGAAACUAUGGCCCUGGCUCUAGUACUUCGAAACGUGCUUCAUUUGCCUCUCAGCUCGACGACACCAGUGUUGCCCAGUUCGAAUUGUCUGCCUUCUUUGCUACUACCUCUUGGAUUGACUUUACCCAUGUGUUUGGUACACCUUUCGUGCCGGGAACAGCCGUCACCACAGUCCCCGUCUCGAGCACUGCUAUGAGUACCGCUGUCGUGACCGCAAGUUCUUCGGCAAUUGUUUCUGUUCCUACGUCGACAAUCACACUCACAGUGGAUGUGACGUCUACUUCAACGACCGCAGCAUUUAUCACGGUCACUCCUGCUGAUCAGACAUCGACUGUGAAAUCCACCGUUACCUUGACUAUCACACCGGAGGACGUGACAAAGACAUCAACCCUCAAGUCCACUGUCACCAGCACACAAAUUCUAACAGAGCCAACCACAACCUCCACUAAGAUUUCUGUCAUGACGAUUGAUAUCGGGAGCACAAUUACACCUGAUGCAAAGACUGUCACCAAGACCAGUAAGGCAACAACGACGAACACAGUCACAGUCACUGGGAAAAACACCACCAAAACGAUCAAGAGCACUGUAACCUCGACAUCAACUGUUGCCGCCCAUGCGUCAACUAUUACCAGUAAAGAGACAUCAACUGUGACGAGCGUCAAAACAACCAGUGCCAAGGCAGGAAAGACUACCUCCGUUGCAACAAUCACAGUUGGAACCGGAGGAACGACAACCGUUAGUGCGAAGGCCACCACUGAAGUCAUUACUUCCACUUCUACCAAAACCAGUAUCAAGACUGUGACCACUACUGUCAGCUGUGACUCUACUGCUAAGCGGAUGAAGCGGGACAUCUUGCCCCGAGCUAACGCCGCCACUGUGACUGACUAUGUCACGGAAAUGGCAUACGUUACCAAGACUUCCACCACAACUAUGCCCCGUGCCACCGAUUAUAUCACCGAUGUCACGACCAAAACAACUCAGCUCAAGGCAGCGACAACCACACAGAUCAUCACAUCUGUCGCCACUAAGCUUUCCACAAGCACCAUUCCAGCCGUCACUUCGAUCACUACCGUGACUGACACAACCUCCGUAGGAAAGACAACAACCCUGAAGGCUACCACUGUCACCAGCAUUGUUACUGCUCUGGCCACCAAGCAGUCCACCGAGACUCUCCCGGGUCAAACCGUCACAGUUGUGAGCCUCAAGACAGCUACUGUGAAAAGUACGUUGGCAUUGCCUGCUACUACAACCACCAUCAUUGUCACAUCGACCAUGAAGAGUACUACCACGCUCCCGGCCUCGACUAGCACUGUCAUCAAGACUUCGACUUUGACCAAUACGCCUUCUGUCACUAUCACAGAUCGUGCAACAGUGACUUCUACCAAGGCCGUCAAGACGACCUCUACCAGUAUUGUCACUGCUACCAAGACCGCAAAGUGCUCUUGA